AUGCGCCCUGCUUUGAAGUUGUUAGUGCCAGCGCAAGAGGAUGUUUUGCUCCAAGGCAGUGCCAGUCAUAUUUUGGAUCUUUUGUAUUGCGAUGUGACGUUUUCAUGUUGGCACGGCAUGAUCGAGGCUUGGAAGUUCCUGACGAGAAGAAUAGAGUCCGGUGAGCUGAACAACAUUGAGAUCGUGCAUGUUCGUGACUAUUUCGCAGCUGCUGAGACCGGUCGCAGGUGUGCUGAGAUGAUAUUGAACAUCAAUGGCUAUCUAGCGACUGUCCGUUUUCUGGACGAACGCUUGACCCAAGUCGAAAAUCAGUUAGACAAUGUGCACCGCUUGGCAAAGCAGUUGGGGCUUGCGACCCAUUUGACUGAGCCGUUGCUUGUUUCGCGACCUAAGCUACGUGCACAUCAUGUGUCAAGGCAGUCGACUCAGUGGUUUCGACCCUUGAGGGUGGCUGUUUCGACCCUUCAGGCAGUCUCUUCGCUCGCUGCCAUGUACCUUGCCCUGCAAUAUUUCAUGCGAUACAGUCCACCUUUUGUCCGUUCCAACCUGCCAAAGCUCAUCAAUGAUGCCUUUGCUCUAGAAACGUUCGACUCACAUCAGCCCCGUGCGCAAAUCAGAUCCGACUCAGGGUGCUGGAGGUCUGAGAGAAGCGGAAGUGAUUCUGACCCAGGUUGGUUGGAGAACAGCCUAUUGCUGUUACCUUCCAUGCUGUUUUCUUUGCCUUACCUAGCCUUGACGAUCGUCCUUUUGAGCGACUUGUGCCGUUCACAGAGGCAGAAGAGGAAAGUUAAGCCCAUUCAGUUGCUCUAUGAGAAGUAUUGUGGUAUCCAAGGGACAUUGUUUCCCUUCAAAGUGGCUAUCUUGCAGUUUUUCACUGUGAUGCUGCAAGCGCUUGGCAAGUUACAGAUCAUGGGUGGUAUUGUGUCCCUUUCAUUUCAUUCAUCCGGCAAGCAUCACGUAGCUCCAUUCCAACGAUGCUUCUGGGCUUUCGUCGGCUUCCUUUUCUUGAACAGCAUUUAUCCCACGGUUCUUUUUGUUUUUCCUUCUGAAAACUGGGCGCGAAUGGGCGCUGCCGUGCUGGAUGCCGUUUUUGAUGUUGCCUACACCGGCACAUACCUCAUCAUGACUGUGCUGGCCAUGUAUGAGCUAGGGCUGGACCAAGACAUCUCAGGGAAUUUUGGAGACCAAGCCGCGGUGAACUUCAGAGCUACAUUGGAUCCAUCGUUUGCUUUCCCUACAGAUUUCUUUGGUUUUUUUGCCGUCUUCUACUCGCUUGCGCAUGUGUGCACCGUGUGUCGUGCUGUGGAACGCCAUCGUCCACAACCUCAACAAGAUCCACGACACCCACGAAGCACUCCCCAGUCCUGGAGACCGACAACCAGAAGAUGCUGCAAAGUGCUGUAUUCUCCAGUCUUGCUGGUUGCAAUUCUAUGGUUGUUGCUUACAGCAGAUGCGUACCCGAGACCCUCUGGAUGCUUCCCAUGUCACUGCAUCCAAUUGCCCACUGGCUUGAAGAAGCUCACAAGUUGCAGCCUUGCUGGCGUUCUGCACUUCGAAGAUGUGAGUUUGAGCAAUCAAAACAUUUCCAGUGUCGCGCCGGAUGCUUUCAAUUUCAGAAGGUCAAGCGGCAUACAGCGGUUGUCACUCUCGGGGAAUCCCUUCCAAGUUUUGCCCAAGAAGAUGUUCGAGCCGUUGAAUGGCUUGCAACUCCUGGAUUUGGGCAGCUUGGGACUGGAAC